AUUAUCUUCGGAGACUCAGAUGUCAAUCGCGGUCUAGUUAUACUGCCGACCCAUCGUUUCUUUCCAGAAGGGCACACAAUGGGGACAGAUAAAUGCCGCUGGGAGUCAGGCAAUCCUUUUCUCAGCACAGGCGAAGUGCGUGAUCUAUUCCUUCGACGGGAAGAUUUCACUUGGGUAUAUCUCGGUGCAUACAAAUGCACCAUUGACGAAGUUGUGGAUUUUGAGGCUGUCAAAGACCUUCACCACUCACACCCUGUUAUCCGAACUACUGUCAUGCACAGAAACUUGGUGCCCCCUGUCGUAGAGAAUGUGAUCGAAGCCAUGAUCUCCGGCGGGGUCCUCAAAGUCCAAUGUUUUGGCCUCGAAUGUGUUGGGUUUAGUGAGCAACUGGACCAAGCGUUGCACGACAAAAAU